AUGGAAAAUCCAUCAUCAUCAACCUCUGUCCACGCUGGAACAAGGACUAUCGGCGUCGAUCACCGACUGGUGCAUCAUCAGGCUACUUCAGUGCCUAUCGGAAUCCAUAAACCCCGCACUUCUGUCUCAUUUGCUCUCGACAGUGAUACUACUUCUAGGACUCCAGCCUCUUCGCCGACUACUUCACAUCCUUCUAUUGAUUCAGCUUGUCUAUCAACGAGAACAAUCCAAUCGGCACUCUCUAAUAAUCGGGCCAACGUCCCCCAGAGUCUCACCUUUCCCGGAAAUAAGCAAGUCCUUAAGACCGCCAGAUCAGUUCCACCCAAUCAAUCAUCAUUCGCGGCAACAGACCUGGCCAGUAUAAAUGCUAUACCAAUGACACCUGCGCCAUUGACAAGCUUAAACUCACCAUGCUUCUACCACCAAAGGUUCGAUGAUGUGUUGAAUAUUGAUAAAGUUCUCGAAGAAAUCCAGCAAAAUGCGUCUUUCUCACACUCACGCUUAAUAGCAACUGCGACUGGAGUACGAGAAAUAUCGAAGCAGCUACAACGUCGUCCAAUUAAAAAAGCAGUCAAAAAAGUCAUGAUCGUAACGAAAGCACGAGAUAAUCACCUCGUAAAUCUGACUCGUGAGUUGGCUGUGUGGCUUAUGGGUACCCCAAGAUACGGAUCAGAUUAUGGUGUCACUGUGUACGUUGAUGCUAAGCUGGAAAACUCCAAACGCUUCGGUACAAGUCACAUUCUCCAAUCAAAUCCUCGGUUUGGACGGCUCUUGCGAUACUGGAAACCUGAAAUGUGUCGAAACGAGCCCGAGAGAUUUGAUCUAGUCAUCACUUUGGGCGGAGAUGGAACCGUGCUCUUCACAUCGUGGUUAUUCCAACGCAUCGUACCUCCUAUUCUUUCCUUCAGUCUAGGUAGCUUGGGAUUCUUGACAAACUUUGAAUUUGAUCAGUUUAAAUCCCAGCUCGAUAAAGUGAUGGGUGACGAUGGUAUGAGGGUGAGCAUGCGUAUGCGCUUCACUUGCACUGUUCACAAGGGCGAUUCCGGCGAAGAUGACGUGGACGAGCAGUAUGAGGUUCUCAACGAACUGGUGAUUGACCGUGGACCAUCUCCAUAUGUUUCUAAUCUUGAACUCUACGGAGAUGAUGAGCUUCUUACUGUAGUACAGGCUGACGGGUGUAUUUUCGCGACGCCGACUGGCUCGACUGCAUAUUCGCUCUCAGCAGGUGGAUCACUUGUCCAUCCCGACAUUCCGGCUAUCUUAUUAACACCUAUCUGCCCACAUACACUGUCAUUUAGACCCAUGGUUUUAUCGGAUACACUUCUACUGCGUGUUGCCAUACCUACAAACUCCCGGGCAACGGCCUAUUGCGCCUUUGACGGCAAGGGGCGCGUCGAGCUCAAACAAGGUGAUUCGGUGACUAUCAGUGCAUCGCAGUAUCCAUUUCCAACUGUAAUGAAGUCAAGCUACGAAUGGUUUGACAGUGUGUCAACAUCGCUGAAGUGGAAUACACGGGGUGCUGCCCAGAAGGGCUGGGAUGGGGCCGAAGAGAAUAAGGAAGACGAUGUGGAAUGGGAUAUUGACUUUGAUGAUUCAGCGUACGGAACUAGUGAAGACAACAGCGAAGUAGGGAGUCCAACGCGAAAAGACAUGGUAGCUAGAUGA